AUGUCGAUAAAGCUUCGUGAACUCAUAAGGCUUGUUAGAAGCUGUAAAACAGCUGCUGAAGAGAGAUCAGUAAUAGCUAAAGAAUGUGCCCAUAUUCGUGCUUCUUUCAAAGAAGAGGAAAGUCAAUAUAGGCAAAGGAACAUUGCAAAACUGCUAUUUAUUCAUAUGCUGGGGUACUCAAGUUCAUUUGGUCAGGUUGAAUGCUUAAAACUUAUUGCAAGUAACAAGUUUUCUGAGAAACGUGUUGGAUACCUAGCAUUGUGCCAAUUAUUAGAUGAAGAUUCAGAAAUUUUACUGCUGGCUACUAAUAGUAUUAAAAAUGAUUUGAACAGUUCUAAUCAAUAUGUCAAUGGUCUUGCCCUAACUUCUAUUGCAAAUAUUGCUCCAAAGGAAAUGUGUAGAGCUGUAUUUCGCGAAGUUUGUGAAUUACUAAUGGUUGGAAAUCCAUUUAUAAAAAAGAGAGCACUCUUAUCAGCUGUACAUAUUAUUAGAGUAGUGGAUGAUAUUGAAAUAGAGUGUUUUUUACCAUAUAUACCAUCUUUAUUAGAGGAUAAACACCAUGGAGUUUUAUUGGGGACCUGUCAUCUAUUAAAUACAAUAAUACAGUAUCACCCUGAUCAAAUAGAAGCAUUGGGGCAUUUCUUACCAUUUCUAAUAAGGAUAUUGAAUACAAUAAGUAUGGCAGGCUACUUAAACUCAACUGAAUAUGAAAGUGGUGGUAUAACAGAUCAAUUUCUUCAUGUACAUAUCCUUCGUGUAAUUGGCAAUCUUUGUAGUGUAAUACAACCUGAAAUUAAAGAAGAAGUAUGUGCAUUGUUGGCUCAGCUAUUAACAAAUACAGACCACUCUAAAAAUGGAGGUAACUCAAUUUUAUAUGAGUGUGUCCGUUCCAUAAUAAAACUUUUGCCCUUUGUAGAAGAAGAAGGUUUGUAUAUGCUGGCAGUAAAUGUUGUUACAAGAUUUUUGCAAAAUAUAGAUAUGAAUACUAGAUUCAUAGCUCUUGGAUUACUAGAAAACAUGACAAAUUUUAAAUUUGGUAAUUUUAUAGAUAAUGCUGGUAUAACAACUGGAAAUAAAUAUGGAAUAGCUCCUCAUCAAAGCUUAAUACUAGAUUGUCUAAAAGAUCCAGAUCCUUCUAUUAAAAGAAGGGCAUUAAAAGUUAUAUUUACAAUAGUAAAUAAUGACAAUAUCAAACACUUUGUGAAAGAUUUACUCAAUAUUUUACUACUUUCUGUAGAAAAGGGCGAUAAUGACUUUGCAAUUGAAUUGGCAACUGGACUUUGUAUAGUUAUUAAAGCAUGUACGCAUGCAAAUCCAAUAUGGUUUAUUGAUACAUUCAUAAAAUUAUUUUGUUUAGCUGGAAAUUUAAUUAAAGAAGAAGAAAGGGAUAGUUUUUUAUCUUACCUAUCAUCUUUAGGGGAAUCUUUAAAAAUUCAUUCAUAUAUUGUUGAAAAAUUAUAUUUAUCUUUACUUAAUCAUUUAGAUCAGCUCUUAUUAAUUCAAACAACAGUUUGGUGUAUUGGCGAGUAUUCACAAUUUUUAUUUCAAAACAACGAAGACAAGAACUUUGUACAUGAUGGAACUUCAAAUACUAAGAAAUAUGAUAUGAUAGAUCCUAAAGUUGAAGAUAGCAAGCAUGUAGAUAAUGUAUUACAUAAAGGUAUAUCCAACAUGAGUGCAAUAACUAGUGAGUCAAUUAUUGACCUCUUGGAAUAUAUACUAACUCAGAAUAUUCGUGAAUUUAACUCUACAAAUUGCUUAUUAACUAAUUUACCCAUAAAUAUAGAUAUAUCAACUCCACUAAAUGGAAUAGGGUAUGUAAAUUCUCCUAAUACAAUUGAAACAACAAUACUAUUAACUUUAGUAGCAUUAAUAAAGUGUUCUACACGUCUUCCAAAAGAAAAAUUAAGAAUACAAUCUAUACUAAAAUUCCACUUAAAGUCAUGGUCUGUUGAAAUACAGCAACGCACAUUUGAAUACUUUGAAAUAUUACAGCCUUGUUGGGACGCAAAUAGAAAAACAAUUUUUGAUUUAAUGCCUCCAUUUGACUUUUCUAAAAUACAGACAACUCCUAGAGCAUCUUCAUUAACUGGUAUUGGAGUGAGUAAUAUUCAUAUACCAUCUCUACAUAAUAAAUUAUAUGGAAUUAACAAAGCAAAAAAGGAUUCUUUAUGUGAAGUAAAUAAUGGAACAGUUACAAAUCUCAAUACUAAUAUGAAUUCUACUCCAAUAACUAUAGAUCUUUUGGAUUUAUAUUCCUCACCUGAUAAUACAUCUUAUACUACUAAUAACACAAACAAAGAAGCUGAUAAGAGGAAUAAUGAAAGAAUUCUAGUUACUGAUUUACUUGAUGACUUUGCCCCAAUUUCAACUCAAAAAGAUGACUCCUCUACAGAAGUAAAUAUACAAGUAAAUACAUCAAAGCAGGAUAUUUCUGGUUUAUUACCAUCAUUAAAUUUAUCACCUACUUCUCAAAGUAUAACAAAAAAACCAAAUACUUAUUCAGUAUUAGAUGAUUUAUUAGAUUUUGGAGUUCCAAAAAUUAUGAACUUAUCCAGUACACAGAAUAAAGAUAUCUCUCAAUUUAAAAAUUUAAAGUCGGAAAAUAUUGAACAAUCUCAAACUAAAGAUAUUGGGGAUAUAUCAAGUGCGAAUUUAACUCAACCCUUGUUUAGUGUUACCACUAAUAAAAGUACCUACUUAUCUAGUGAUAUUAAUAUAAAUACCAAUAAUGAUAUAUGCAAUAAUAAACUCUAUUUAGAUACUACGAAUUCUAUUUCUGGAGAUUUAUUAACAAAUACUAAUUUAUCUGCUUUACCUGAAUCAGCUUCUAAUAAUUUAUUGCUAAAUUCUAAUAAUACACUCCCUCCAACCAAAACAAUACAAAUAUUUGAGAAUUCAAAUAUUAGGAUUCUUAUUGAUCUUUCUAAGCAAAAAGAUCUAAAUACCACAAGUAUUUUAGCAAAAUAUUUUAAUAUUGGAACCAGUGAAGUCUCAGAGUUUAAAUUAGAAAUUGCAGUACCCAAAUAUUUGAAUAUCCAUUUAUUUCCAGCUAGUAAUGAUAUUAUACCACCAUAUAAUUCUAUGAAUCCAGUGACUCAAGAAAUUAAGAUUAAGAGAAUUGAUGAAACUAUAAAUAAACCCAUAUUAAUGAAACUACGCAUUAGUUAUAAUAUUGAUAGACAAUCGGUUUUAGAAUAUUCAAAUGUUGCAAAUAUACCAACUGACUAUUAA